GAGCGAGCUUGGUAUUUGCUUGCCCUGGCACCGCGACGGUGUCCUGACAAACCUGUGGAGGGUGACGGAAGCUGGUGACAUGGCGCCGCUCCAGGGCGUGUGGCUACUCUACACAGCGCCCGUUGAGCACAGCGACUUCCUCCGACUCCUUUUCGAGUUUGGUAGCCGCGGUGCUUUGCGUUGGGAUCUGCACGAGUGCUACGCUGUGACUGAGAAGUCCCUCGGUGUUGGCGGCUGCGGCACAGUCUACUUAGGCAGCAUUCAGCCGCCUGGCCAGGCCAAUCCCGGAUGUGCGAAAGCCGUGCGAUUUGGCAUGCGUGCAGAUAUCCUUGGAGAGCAGGUGGCUGUGAAGAAGCUGAACAAGUCCGGUGGAGAAGAGAUCAACAUCAGAAGCGAGAUCGAGUUUUUAGCAGUGGCUCGGGGUCAUCCCUGCAUCUCUGCCCUGUUUGGCGUCUUCUGCUUCAAUGAACCGGGUUCUACAGAGAGCAAGAGGGGUCCCUCCAUUCGGUGGACGAUCGUCAUGCCUUUGUAUUCAGAGGGUGACCUGUUCGACUACCUUGCCGCCAACGGUGCCAUGAAAGAAACUGCAGCUGCUACCCUGAUGCUGUGCCUGCUGUCGGCGCUUACCCAUCUCCACCGCUUGGGCGUGGUUCACCGGGACGUGAAAGCUGAGAACAUCUUGCUGGCCAACAACAAGGCGGUUCUGUCCGACGUUGGCAUCGCGGCAUUCUUGAAGGAUGAAGAGGCCAUGCAGCGCAGAGUGGGAUCCCCUGGCUACGCUCCGCCUGAAGUGGUUACAGACCUCCCAUACGACGAGAAGGUCGACGUGUUUGGAGCUGGAGCCGUGCUGUAUUUUGCUUUGAGCAACACGCUCCCCUUCCCGGGGAAAACACUCAAGAAGGUGCUGGAGCUGACAGCGCGAUGCAAGGUGAAGUACGACCCGGCUCUCUUUGGCGAUUUUUCUGGUAGUAUCAUCCAGUUGCUGAAGGCUUUGUUGCAGAAGGAUCCGUCGAAGCGGCCCUCGGCAAGGAAGUCCUUCAAAGCACUAUACACAACGGCCAGCCAGAAACCUGAAAUCCAACGAAGCACUGUCGCCCGGAUGACCCUCCAGGCUGUAGACGAUUUUGAGAGCUUGGCUUCCACCGGCCUGGAGUCGAUGAGAAGCAACGGCCACAAGCCCGAGAGGUUGGAGAAGAAGGUCAUGCGAACAACAUCAGACAGAGACAGAGAAGCCAAGACUGCUCCAACGCUGGAGGAAGCGUCUCGGGGAGGAUCGAAGGAGGCCCCGGCGAAGCCGGGUUCCAUUUCGGAAGGAGAGCCUCAGGAAGGUGGAGCUAGUCCGGCAGCAGCUCAAGACAAAGCCCCGCUGGUUCCGGUUCCUCCAUCUGGGCCGAAGCCAACCUCGAGUGGUGGGACCUUCGCAUACCUCAAGACCCGACUUGGGUGGAGCAAGUCGUCGGGCGGCGGAGGAGAAAACUCGCAGGGGAUGAACGGAUGA